AAUUGGAAACUCCUAGCAGGGAUAUGCCAGCAUGGCUAAGGCCAUUUUUGAAGAAGACAUUCUUUGGGACAUGUUUGGUACAUGAUGAACUUCAAAAGAAUGAGCUGAACAAGUAUUGUAUCACGUGUGAUUCAGAUUUAUGCAAGAAUUGCAUUGCUACAGACAAACACAAUGGGCAUGACCUACUUCAGAUUUAUCGACAUGUUUACAAAGAUGUUGUUCCUCUUGAUGAGAUGGAGAAAUAUAUUGACUGCACUAGAAUUCAGCCAUACAAAUGCAACAAGAAAUGGGUAGUUGCUUUGAAUCCGCUGCCACAUAGUGGAUCUGGCUCUCUAAUUGUUGGAGACCCUACUUGCUACACUUGCAAAAGGAGAUUGAAUGACCCUGAACAAUUCCGCUUUUGUUGCAUUGCUUGUCAGGUGGAAGCCAAGCGGGAAAAGCCUGUUGAGACGAAGAGGAAGCGCAAGAGGAAGGGAAUUCCUCACAGAGCUCCUUUGAAAUAAACAUGCUUUGCUUCAAUUUCAUCAUUUUGAAGUACUUUGCUUGAAUAAUUUUCAACUUUGUGACUUAUGCUGCUACUUGAAAAACUUAUGUGCUUUCAACUCUUUUUAUUUUUAAUUAAGACUUUUGGGACCUAA